UCUGAGAAAUUGUUGACAGUCGGCAAAUAGGUUAUAAUUGAUUACAGUCGUAAAUUUUGUAAUUAAAGUAUUACUUUGCAAAAUGUCAUCCGAGGAAGAAGGUCAUGCCAGUGAUGAAAAUCAGUCAGACAGUGAGAACCAGUUAGUGAAUAACAUCAUGAUUGUUGAUCCAGACACUGAGGAAUUGGAUCUGAAUCAUGGCCGCAUCAAUAAGAUGCAAAAUUUGGAGCCACUUAGAUGCAUCGAACGGUUGUAUCUCAGAUGGAAUCUAAUAAAGACCAUCGAGAAUCUGCACACUCUUACCACGUUGAGGGAACUGGAGCUCUAUGAUAACCAAAUAACAAAAAUGGAAAAUCUGGAUGCUCUAGUCAAUUUGGAGAUUUUGGAUCUAUCCUUCAAUAGGAUUAAACAAAUCGAAGGCAUGGAACGACUUGUUAACCUGGAGAAGCUGUUCUUAUCAUCAAAUAAAAUCAGCAAAAUGGAGAACUUGAGUCAUUUAUCUAAAUUGAAGCUCCUAGAGCUAGGUGAUAACAAGAUUAGGGUUAUCCAAAAUAUUGAUGAUUUGGUGAAUUUGAAGUAUUUAUACUUGGGCAAAAAUAAAAUCACCACUAUACAGAAUCUGGAUUAUCUUCAGAAGCUAACUUGUUUGAGUUUGCAGAACAACAGGAUUACCAAGAUGGAGAAUAUGGAUAAUCUAGUUGAACUGGAUGAGCUCUAUGUUUCAGAGAAUGGUAUUCAGGAGAUUGAGAACUUGGAAAACACUUUAAAACUGGAGACACUGGAUGUGGCUAAAAACCAAUUGAAGACUAUAUCAAAUGUGGCGCAUCUAACUAAACUGGAGGAACUUUGGUUGAACGAUAACCAGAUUGGCAACUGGAAUUGCAUUCAAAGCUUGGGCGAUCUUCAUUUGCACACGAUCUAUUUGGAACGUAACCCUGUUGCUGAGGACCCGGCUUACCGUAGGAAGCUGAAGAUGAUGAUUCCAUCUUUGAACCAAAUCGAUGCAACUCUAUGCCAUUAAUCAUUAUAUAUAUUCAAUAUGUUUAAAACAUAAUCCAUAAAUUUCAGAUCGCCGCAUUUUAAUUAUAAUUUUUAAAUUAUAUAUAUUUUGCAUCGCAUACGUACAACGUGCGCCAUAUUCCUAUGAGCUUCUAUCCUGUAUUUUCUAACUAUAAUAACAUUAAACUAUAUAUACUAAUAUCCGCAAGUUAUAAUUACACCAGGUUUAAAUAUUUUUGUAAUUCACUAUCAUUGCUUUUGUAGUGCUCAGCGUAAUUAUAUGCUGAAUUACUGUUUAUAGUCUAGUAUUUUUAUCGACAUAUUAUAUGUCAGUUUAACAAAAUACUUGAGUAAUACUUUACAAUUUGGUAAAUAUCAAGUUUAAUAAUUUAUAAACGAAUAGAUUGAAUUA